AGCAAUCGGUAGCUCGAUGUGUGUUACGUCAAAAUUGACAAAAGUAUACACACAGCACAAAUCGGUAAAACAUUACGGAGUAACAUAAAAAAUCGCGGCUGAAAUAGGACCAAGAAAAAAAGCCAUCGUUUGAAAAUGUCGUCAUUUCGCAGUGUUUUUGUUACCGUUGGAACGACCCAAUUUGAAGAUCUUGUUGAUGUGAUUUUAAGCGAUGAAAUUUUGACGCUCUUACAGAGUUGUCAGUGUAAAUUCUUACGGAUACAGCAUGGAGCUGGAAAGAAAAUCAAUGCAAUGAAAAUGGAACGUGUUGAAAAUCGCUUUGGAAUAAAAUUGGAUUGUUAUGAUUUUAAAGCGAACAUUUUGUCGGAUAUAACAUGGAGCGAUUUAGUGAUAAGCCAUGCCGGUGCAGGCAGUUGUAUUGAGGUGCUCACACACAGGAAACCACUGAUUGUCGUUGUAAAUGACAAACUUAUGCACAAUCAUCAGACAGAACUCGCGCAACAGCUCUUUAUCGACGGCCAUCUAUUGUAUUGUUCACCGCAUACACUGACCGAAACGCUUGCCGAUCUCAACAAAAAAGUCACAUCGUUAAAGCCAUAUGAACCCGGCCACAAUAAUAUGAUGAAAUUUGUUAACCAUUUGAAUACGAUGAUGGGUUUCGAAUGAAAAUAUGAAGAGAUAUACAAACAAACUGCUGGAGACCAAAACAUAAAAAUAAAUAAAAGACUUUCUUUUUUUUUGUGGAUCGGUUUUUUUUAGCUCGAUCUUUAUUAUUUAACUGUUGUUGUUUUUGUUGCUGAAUUUUUUUUUUCAUGGGAAUUCAAUUCAAUUUAUUCAUUGUUUUCUUGAUAAUUACAUAUGGUUCUUUUUUUAUAUCUCCAAUUUAACAAUAAUUAUGUGAUUUGAUAUAAGUAAUUAUGUACUGAGUAGUUAAUUAAAUAAAUUCAAGAAUACAUAGACCUAUAAAA